CUAAAAGAUAAUAUGUUCUCAGAUCGAACAAAAGGCUUUUUAUGAGUCAGUGGAGGUGUUAUUAUGCACCUUUACCUCGGUUGUUUCUACCUCUGGGGUAAUAUUCAGGUAUAUAUCACUUCAUACUUGCAUAAGCAUGAUCCCUCUGUGACCCUUGAAGAUACCAGUAUUGUAUUUGUUAUUCAGACUAUCGCACAGGCAGUUUGAAUGCCGAUAGCCCCACUAAUGAUCCAACACUUCCCUCCAUGGAUCAGUUGUCUCAUAGGAGGAAUAAUAGCUAUAGGAGGAGUGUUCGGAUCCUCAUUUGUUACCAAUUUCUGGAUUUUCAUAUUUUCAUAUCCUAUUCUGUUCGGGAUUGGUAUUGGCGCUUCCUAUAUGGCUCCUGUUAUAUGAGGAUGGGAAUAUUUUCCAAAAUGGAAAGGAGCUGUCAGUGGAGUUAUAGUUGCAGGAUUCGGCUUUGGAUCAUUCAUUUUUGGAUUUAUCUCAAUUGCUAUUGCUAACCCAGAAGGGCAAAAGCCAGAUCUUGAUGUAGAUGGAGGGAAAAUUUUUGGCCCAGAGACUUCUGUAGCAUCAAAUGCACCAAGAAUGAUCAGGAUUAAUUGUGCUAUAUGGGCUUGUUUAUUAUUUAUUUCUUUAUUUAUGAUUAAUAAAAAGAGCAAGACAUCAACUCCAUACACCUUACUCAGUACUCCUUCUAACCACCAAGAAGAUAUUAAUGAAACAGAGGAUCUGGCUUUGACUCAGACAAUGAGAAGAGAGUCUGGAAAAAGAGAGGAAAAUGAAAUACAAAUUGUUGAGCCUACAUUAUGAGAAGUCUUUAAAGAUUAUAGACUUUACUACAUUUGGCUAAUGAUCCUUCUUUCUUCGAGCUAUCCCUAUUUCAUUGCAUCGAAUUUUAAAACCUAUGAGCAAAAUUACUUACAUGACGACAGGUUCAUCACUCUGGUAGGCUCUCUUGGGGCAGUUACAAAUGGCCUUUCCAGAGGUUUCUGGGCUACACUCCAAGAUUUGUUCGGAUUCAAAAUAGUCUUCAUGUGAUUACUAGUCCUUGAAAUAGUAGUAGCAUUCACUUUUGUUGCUAUUCACAAUAGUAAAGCCCUCUACCUCAUUUGGGUUUUGAUAUCAUUUUCUACUCUUGGAGGACAUUUCUCAACGAUUCCUACAUUAUGAGCUAAAAUGUUUGGUCCUAAUACAGGUGGAAAAGCUUUUUCGUUUGUUUUCACAGGAUUUGCAGGAGCGACUUUACUAGGUUGGGGACUUUCAAAAUUAAGAUCUCAAGAUAAAAUUAAAUACGAUGCACUUUUCUACAUCCUUGGCUCAUUAGGAGUUCUUGCCUUGAUCAUGGUAUUCUUCCUCAGAGAUUAUUCAAAAGUUAGGACCACCACAAUUUCGUUUAAGAAUGGCAAGAAGUUUUACGCAAAUGAUGAAAUAAAAGAGUUAUUAAGCUAG